AUGCUAGCCAUACCAGCUAAGACGUGCAUUGAUUUCUACGCGAGUGGUAGGAAGAGUUUGCCCGUCGUUUGCUCUUAUGGGUUGCGGAAGCAGAUUGUCUCUGCGGAUGAGGGGAGCUGCUCUUUUCCAUCGCUCCCAUGGCAGACUAAGAAAAAUAGCGCUUUUUCAAUAUUUUUCAGUGCAUUGGCCACCUUCCUCAUGAUUGCGUUAGCGGAAGUGCAAGGUAAUCGUGCUAGCCAGGGCUUGUCAAGCCUUGUGUGGUAA